AUGUGGAACGAUGAUAUCCGCGAAUUUGAGUAUGGUUGGGCGGAUGAUCACGAUGAAAUAUCCGAAUCACAAAAACCAACUAUUGUAUUAAUGGGAUUGAAAAGGAGUGGAAAAACAUCUAUACGAAAAGUUGUUUUUAAUAAAAUGUCACCCAAUGAGACAUUGUUCGUUGAAAGUACACCACGUGUGACAACGGAAACAGUUAAAGGAUCUUUUAUUAAUUUUGAAGCAAUCGAAUUUCCCGGUCAAAUGAGUCCUUUUGAUAAUGCAAUGAAUCCUCACGAUACAUUUGCUCGCUGUGGUGCACUACUUUUUGUUAUUGAUGCUCAGGAUGAUUACUCUGAAGCGCUAAAAAAAAUGAUUGAAUAUUUCAAAAAAGCAAUCGAAAUCAACGAAAAAAUUAGGUUUGAAGUAUUUAUUCACAAAGUGGAUGGUCUAAGUGAGGAGAUCAAAUUAGAAACACAACGUGAUAUAUUUCAACGUGUGCAAGAUGAUCUUCAGGAUGAUGGUCUUGAUAAAGUUCAUAUAACAUACUACCUGACAUCCAUUUAUGACCAUUCAAUAUUCGAAGCAUUUAGCAAAGUUGUGCAAAAACUUAUAAAGCAGUUAUCAACUCUUGAGCGACUGCUUGAUAUUUUCAAUCAGGGCUCAAAUGUUGAAAAAGCAUUUCUUUUUGAUGUGGCAAGCAAAAUAUAUAUAGCGACCGAUUCAUCACCUGUUGAUAUGGCAACAUACGAACUUUGUUGUGAUAUGAUUGACGUAACCAUUGAUAUAUCUUCCAUAUAUGGAUGUUCAGAUGAUUUGUCAUGUGCAGUGUUUGAUUCUCAGUCAUCUGCGGUGAUACAUUUGCGAACUGACCAAGUAUUAUUCUUGCGACAGGUUAAUAUGUUUCUUGCUCUUGUCUGUAUCAUACGCUCUGAGAACUUCGAGAAGCAAGGCCUCAUUGACUAUAACUUCCAGUGUUUUAAAGAAGAGACUAUUCGGUAUAUUCAUCUUUUACAGGCUAUUGAGCGCGUAUUUCAAAUUCGAAAUAGAUUAAAUCCUAGAAUAAAUAAUUCGGAAUCAGUCACCUAA